AUGUCUUCUGCAUCUGCUCCCUCAUCUUCAUCAGAGCGCAAGCGGUUGCGAGAGGUUCUUCCAACCGUUUAUCUCGGCCGCUACAAGACAGGACCCAAGAACAGCUUAACUGAUGUUCCUGGUGUCCUGGUCUCAACACAAUCAAUCCACUCCUCACCAGCCUACCCCAACGCGAAAGAAGGCGACAUCAAUACUGGCGUAACCACCAUCCUCCCCCGCAAAGACUGGUUCAACACCGGCUCCUUCGCGGGACUCUUCAGCUUCAAUGGCUCGGGUGAAAUGACUGGCUCCCACUGGAUCAACGAGACCGGCCUGCUAAACAGCCCCAUCAUCAUCACCGGCAGCUUCGGCGUAGGAUCCGCCUACAACGGUGUCUACGAGAGCGCCGUCCGCGACUACUGCGCCCCAGACGGCAAAGCAAACUGGUUCCUGCUCCCCGUCGUCGCCGAGACAUUUGACGGCUUCCUGCACGAUGUGACCAAAUUCGCAGUCACACCCCAGCACAUCGUCGACGGCAUCGAUACCGCGUCCUCCGCCCCCGUGCCUGAGGGCAACACGGGCGGCGGCACCGGCAUGAUAUGCUCAUGGUUCAAAGGCGGUACGGGCUCCUCGUCCCGCCUGAUCCCCUCCUCACCCGGAAAAGAAUACACAAUUGCCGCGCUCGUGCAAGCCAACUACGGCAAAAUGGACUGCUUUCGCAUCGCCGACGCGCCCAUCGGCCGGCUGAUUUUUGAAGAGCAGUGGGCGAAAUACCAAGCGAACCCGCAAGACCCCGUCGUCCAGGCGCAAUGGCAACGCCUGUUCAAAAUCCGCGAAGCCAAGGACAAAAAAGAUGGCAGCAUUAUUGUGGUCCUUGCUACUGAUGCACCUUUGCUCCCCUCGCAACUCCAGCGCCUGGCCAAGCGCGCGACAAACGGCCUCAGUCGCGUGGGCGGCUGGGGAAGUAAUUCGUCGGGCGACAUCUUUCUGGCGUUUUCGACGGGGAAUGGGGUCACGGUGCCGGAGGAUGCGGAUACGUUUGUGCCAGUGACGCAGAGUGUGGAACAUGUGCUUGACGAGACGCUGAAUGGGCUGUUGGAGGCGGCGGGGGAUUGCGUCGAGGAGGCGAUUUUGAAUGCGGUUUGUAUGGCGGAGACGAUGAGUGGGAAUGGGAGCACGGUUGAGGCGAUUGAUUUAAAGAGGGUGGGGGAGUUGAUGGAGAAGUAUUUGUAG